GUCAUCAGACGUCCAAAUACCGUGUAGCACGCAACUCAACGGCAAUGCUUCAGACGCUCGUGCUACUGCUCAUCAGCUCGAGCCUCAAACAUUCCACGGCCCACCACUUCUUCGAUCCCGACGCCAUUAACUUCCCACUACGUAACGUCCAGCACUCGAUAAACCUCGACACCUUCGUCACGAGCGAGCGCAACAUCACAGCUGGAAAAUGCGAGCACGUGUCCAGCCAGCAGCCUCUGGUGUUGAACCUACCUGGCUUGGGUAUGUCGUCACCCCCGAACCCCUAUCCGGGCUUCAUCGACAGUUCUACGGUCACUUGCCUGAACCUCGCCUCCAAUGACAUAUUCCAAGUGGUGCCCGGCUCGUUCGAGCGAUUGCCUAAUCUGAGCUACCUCGACCUCUCCAAGAACCGCAUCCAGUUGUGCGACUUCUUCAACUUCGGUAACCCCCACAAGAGCCUCGUGACCCUCAUUAUCGAGGAGAACAGCCCACCGAUCGACAACAUCGACCACACGAUCGGCAAGUCCGAGUGUUUCCCGAAGCUCCGCCACCUCUACCUUCGCCGUAACUCCAUUCGCAGCCUCAACUUCUCCCUGAGGAAGGCCUUCCCCGCCCUGACCCACCUCUUCCUCUCCGACAACAGCCUCGACAGCCAGACUUUCAUCCGCGACCUCCCACCGACGCUCACCCACCUCUUCCUCGAGCACAACCUCAUAAGCAGCCUCGACUGCAAGAUCGUCCGGGACGUGCAGGUGCUGCACCUCGACGGCAACAUCGUCCGAGCCAUCUGCCACAGCAACUGCCGCGAGACGUCCCUCAGGCUCGAGGGAGCCCACAAGCUGACGGAGCUGACGAUCUCGAGCAAUCGCAUCACGGAGAUCGAGUCCUGCGCCUUCCAGGACUCGAGGUCCUUGCGUGUCCUGAACGUCGCCGGGAACAGCCUGGAGGAGAUCAAGCGCGAGACACUCGAGCGACUGGCCGACCUGAGGGAGCUGAACCUCGACGACAAUCACCUCACGGGAGUGCCCAACCUGUGCAAAAACAACCAACUGACCAGCGUGUCCCUGAGGCGCAACAAACUGCGGACCAUCAGACGCGAGAGCUUCAAGGGCCUGCACCGGCUCAAGUGCCUCUUCCUGGGCGGCAACCAAAUCCGCAGCAUCGAGGCUGGCUCGUUCGAGGACCUCGAGUCCCUUACCGAUCUCGAUCUCUCCUCCAACGACUUGGACUUCAUACCCAGCGACUGGCUCAAGUGGCAGUGGAACCUGCGCACCCUCGACGUCCGGGGCAACCGGUUCAAGUCGCUGGAGCAGAUGUCACUGAGCUCGGCGCCGUUGCUGUCGACCAUCUACUUGCAGGACAAUCCGGUGUCGCACGUCAGUGGGGCCGUGGUGGCGAAAUUGUCGCCCAACGUUGUUGUGCACCUAAGGCACGAGUGCAGUGCCGGUGGGCGAGACAGCCGGUCCGAGUGCCACGCGAGGUGCAACGAGCAAGAGGUCAGGGAGCGGAACGAGACGUACAGCCGAUGGAUCAAUAAUCUGUGAGGCAGCGGUUUUAUACUCGCUUCGUUCGAGCCUUUUCUCGAGGAGGUCAUGAUCAACCGUUGUUGAUUGUAUUGUCAUUUUUUUCUCGUCAUUCAUACUUUAC